CUGCCUUGCCCAGGUGCCCUGCUCGUUCUGGGACUGAUCAGGACUCGUGCAUGUCAGGCUUUCUGCUCGCCUCUGAGCAGGGAGCUGGGACUCCACCCUCCUUUCCUGAGCGCGCUGUGAGCUCGGCGGCUGCAGCACUGAAGCACCCAGCAGAACUCAGCACUGCAGGAAGCCGGAGGUGCCAGUAAUGCUGAUGAGAGCGGUCGGCUCCGUGUGUCAGGGCAUGGGCUGAUCAGUGGCAGGGGCUGAGGGGGACUGUAUCCUCGUGCAUGCGACCUGGCUUAGGAGCAUGUCGGUCUUCAGGCCUCUCUACCCUGUCUUUCUCCAGAGGCUGUAACACAGCCCUCAGGAUUUUAGCUCUGAAGCUUCUGGGUUCAAAUCCUGCGGAGUGCCCCGAGCGGGGUCUUGGAACGAGUCCAGCGUGUUUGUGAGGGGAAGCGGCAGGACCACCGGGCCCGUGCUAGUCCUGGGGGCAGCAAAGUGGGUGCAGCGUGAGACCCCGGGUUCCCAGCUGCACCUCUCCACUCAGCCUGUGCAUCUCGCUCUCUUCCAGGCUCCCUCUGCUGCACCGUGCCCCAGGAUGAGCGCUCCGGAUGGAGAGCAGUGCAAUCCGGCUCAUGCCCUGUUCGAGACCUUUCUCCGUGCCAACGAGUGCGAGGAGGUGCUGGGCAGCUUCCGGGCGCUGUGCGGGCACUUGGGCCUGGAGCACACGGGGCAGCUGUGCUUCUACCACAAGCUGAAAGCCUGCCUCAACUACUGGAGUGCCAAGGCCCUGUGGAGCAAGCUGGACAAGAAGGCUGGGCACAAGGACUACGACCAGGGCAGGGCAUGUGCCAACACCAAGUGCCUGAUCAUUGGGGCGGGCCCCUGCGGGCUCCGCACAGCCAUCGAACUGGCCUUCCUGGGAGCUCGGGUUGUGGUGGUGGAGAAGAGAGACUCCUUUUCGCGCAACAACGUGCUGCACCUCUGGCCUUUCACCAUCCAUGACCUGCGGGCACUGGGCGCCAAGAAGUUCUACGGGCGCUUCUGCACCGGCUCCUUGGACCACAUCAGUAUUCGCCAGCUCCAGCUCAUCCUCCUCAAGGUUGCCUUGCUCCUCGGUGUCGAGAUCCAUACCAGCGUGCAGUUCAAGGGGCUCCUGCCCCCGGCAGCGAAGGCCAGCGGCAGGGCAGGCGGUGGCUGGAGGGCCACGCUGCAGCCAAACUCCUCUCCCGUGGGGCAGUAUACGUUUGAUGUUCUCAUCUCUGCAGGAGGUGGCAAAUUUGUGCCUGAAGGGUUCAAGCGAAAGGAAACUCGCGGCAAGCUGGCAAUUGGCAUCACCACGAACUUUGUCAAUCACCACAGCAGGGCCGAGGUGGAGGUGCCCGAGAUCAGUGGUGUUGCCCGCAUCUACAAACAGCAGUUCUUCCAGAAACUCUACAACAAAACAGGGAUUGACUUGGAAAACAUUGUCUACUACAAAGAUGAUACCCACUAUUUUGUCAUGACGGCCAAAAAACAGAGUCUGCUAAAGAUGGGAGUCAUUUUAGAGGACAAGUCGGACACGGAGAGCCUGCUGUCUUCCGAGAAUGUGAACCGCGAAGCCCUCCUCAGCUAUGCCAAGGAAGCAGCCAGCUUCUCCACUGACUACCAGCUGCCCAAAAUGGAGUUUGCACUAAACCACCAGAACCUGCCCGACGUCGACAUGUUCGACUUCACCUGCAUGAACCGCUCCGAGAACGCCGCCCUGGUGUAUGAGCACGGCGGGGCCCGGCUGCUCGUCGGGCUGGUAGGAGACUGCCUGGUGGAGCCAUUCUGGCCACUGGGCACCGGUGUGGCCAGGGGCUUCUUAGCUGCCUUUGACGCUGCCUGGAUGGUGAAGAGAUGGGCAGCGGGGACCCCUCCCCUGGAGGUGCUAGCUGAGAGGGAAAGCAUAUACCAGCACCUGUCCCAGACAUCCCCCGACAACACCAACAAGAACACCAGCCAGUACAGCAUCGACCCUACCACGCGCUACCCCAACAUCAAUCUCAACUCCAUAAAGCCCAACCAGGUGCGUGACCAGUACCUCAUGGGGUUGGUGGAGCACGAUCAUAAGAAGAGCGACAAUCGCAUCAGCACAGACUCCAGCAGGGGCUACGAGGAGCUGCUGCACUGGUGCCAGGUGCACACAGCCGGCUACCGUGGCGUGGCCGUGGCAGACUUCACGCACUCCUGGAAGAGCGGCCUGGCCCUGUGUGCCCUCAUCCAUCACUUCCGUCCCGACCUGCUAGAUUUCGACUCCCUGGCUCAGAAUGACCCCUUUGGGAAUAACCAGAUGGCCCUGGACCUGGCCGAGCAGGAGCUGGGCAUCCCACCUGUCCUCUCCAGCACUGAAAUGGCCUCAAUGUCUGAGGCUGACCAGCUCGGCCUCAUCGCCUACCUGAGCCAGGUCUUCGAUGCCUUUGAGGUGCCUCCAGAACCGGAGGAGCGGGUGAGGAAGCCGCUGGCACCGCGCGGCACCAGGGGAGCCAUCCUCUUCCUCAGCAAGCUCCAGAAGAGUCUGAGUCUGACACGCAAGCGCGCCCAGGACCGCUCCCAGCAGGAUGCUGAGACCAAGAAGCCAAAGAAGGAAGCAACGCUGGACUCAAGUUUGGAAGGUGACCCCUCUGUUGUUGACCUUGGCCAGGGGAGUCGUGAGCAGCCUCAAACCCCAGAGACCGAGGUCCCUAAGUCCCCCACGGUGCAGAGGCAAAGCUCGGCCGCAUCCCCCGCAGAGAGCAGUGAUGCCUGCUACUUCUGCGGUCAGCGGGUGUACAUCCUGGAGAGGGUCAGCGCCGAGGGGCGCUUCUUCCACCGAGGCUGCUUCCAGUGCUGGCGCUGUGGUGCCACGCUGCGCCUGGGCGACUUUGCCUUCAGUGAGGAGGAUGGACACUUCUACUGCCUGCUGCACUACAACCCCCACAGCCUGGACGUGCCACCACCCAUGGAUCCGUCCCGGAGCAUCCAACACCGUGCUGCCUUGGACCCUGGCAGCCCGGGCUUGGCCUCCGAGGGAGCAAGAAUGGAAACAGAUUCUGAUCUGCCAGGUCCUCCAGGCAGCCCGGGCUCCCUCUCAAAUCAAGUGACAGCAGAUCACCCUCCAGAGCCAUGGGAAGGGGCUGGAGAAGACCAGGUAGCCAUCAGCCCCUAUGGUGAGAAUGGGACUUUGAUCAGUGUGGAUGAGCAGGAAGCGCAAGAGAUCCUGGAGGAGAUUGCAGGGGACGCCAUGCCCUCUGGGGUAGGAGCUGGGGUCCUGCCAGCGGAGCCUGGGCCUGGGUUAGGAGACAGCAGACCUCACCGUGAGGAACAAGGCAUCCACGAACACAGCCACCCGGGGAUGCCGCUGCAGCCCGCCACUCCAGAGCCUCUGCCUUUGGAAAAGGUGCCUGUGCCUCCAGAGUCCAGGGAGGACACAGAAUGGGAGGACAACACUGGGAAAAAGAAGAAGAUUUUCUUGUCAGAUCUGGAGAAGCUCAGACUGGCCACGCUGAACCUGACUUCAGACGGUGAGGCAGAGAUCCAGGGGGAGCCCCAGCCACCGCAGCCCAGGCCGGGGCACAAAGCGGUGCCCUUCCGGAGUGUCCCAGACAGGGGGAAGGUCGGCUUGGGCCAGCACAGGUUCUCCGAGGAGGAGGAGGAGGAAGACUUGCAGGAGACUGACAGCGAUGAGGAGGAGGAGGAGGAGGUGGCGGCCGCGGCGAGUGAGGAUGCUGUGUACUUAGCAGACGCCGAGAUUCUGGAUGUGAAGGAGAAGUAUCCCACGUGGAGGAGGACGCUGACCCGUCGCGCCAAGGAGGCCCAGAUGAAGAGGUUCUGUAAAGCCCAGGCCAUCCAGAGGCGGCUGGAGGAGAUCGAGGUGACAUUCCGCGAGCUGGAGGAGCAGGGCAUCAAGCUGGAGCAGUCCCUGCGGGGUGAAGGAGGAACCCAGGCAGAGCUGAAGACCCAGUGGAUUAACCAGCUCCUCCAUUUGGUCCAGAAGAAGAACAGCCUGGUUUCUGAGGAGUCGGACCUCAUGAUUGCGGUGCAGGAGCUGAAGCUGGAGGAAAAGCAGUGCCACCUGGACCAGGAGAUGCGGCGAUACAUGGACAUGGCUCAGGAGCUGAAGACACCCCAGGACCUGCAAGCUGAGAAGGAGAUCCUGGAGCAGUUCCUGGAGGUGGUGCAGAGCCGUGACAAGCUGAUCCGGGUGCAGGAGGAGAAGCGCCUCAGCGAGCUGGGCAGUGCGGACCUGGGCAUGGAGCGCAGGCCUGAGGCCUGAGGGCACAGCCCAUCACAUGCCACUGCUGAGGCCUUCAGCGUGGAGGGAGGCAGCUUGACAUGACCACGGCCCAGGGGCCCCAUGAGCACUCUGGGAGGGGCAGGGAUGGAGCAGCAUGGCCCAGGCUGCACCCGUGGGCUGCUGAGCCCAUUGCCAAACCCAGCAUAGGGGGUGGUGACUUCCUGCCUAGCGCAGGGGUGCCCCAUGCACCUCCUCUGGGAGCAUUUAAGGACAGCCCCAGGGCCUGCAGCUGGCACACCUGUUGAGAGCGGGGCCCCUCAUGUGGCUGGGCUUCUGCUUGUUUUUAAUGUUUGAGCUGUGCUUCAGCGACCACUGGACACGGAGGUGGCAGUGCCACAUCCCACAUAUGCACUAGGCAGGAGGCCCUAUGCUAGGGCUUGUGCACUGGCCCCAAACAAGCCAUAGCAGGAAGUCUGGGCUACACGUCCCUCAGCCUGCACCACCACUCAGGUUCAUCAGCCUGGCUUAGCAAUGCUCUUCGCUGCCCAGUGACCCCCCACCUCACCCCCUCAGGGGGUUAGUGCUUUUGCUGCACAGCUAUGUUAUUCAGGGGCAGGCUCCCCACAUCCCACACAGCCCCAUUCUCAGGGAGCCACUCAGAGCCUUUCAGUGCAUGCAGCCUUGCCACAAAACUGAGGUUGUGUCCUCCAGGAUGCAGGGUGCAUGCAGGCAGGCAGCCUGUCCUGUGAGAGCUGAAAGCAGGAGGUAGCAGCCUCUGGCACCUGCAGGGCUGCGGUGGGGGCAGCCAGUGCAGCCUCUGCCCUCCUGCAAGCACCGGGCUCACUUACUGGUUCCUCUCCAGCUGUUUUCAGGGGCUGUGGAGCUCUGGUGGGAAGAAGUCUCAGGAUAACUUGCAAGAGGAUCCAGGCAGCACACAUGAGAAGGGUUAAGGACCUGGGAUGGGGCUAGGUAACUGCUCCAUCCCUAGGCAGGCCUGCUCCUUCACCUCUGGAAGCCUCUGCCUUAAGCCUUGUGCUGCAGCCAGUGUCUGCUGUGUGCCCAUCCUCCCCGGGCAGGUGGGAGCUGCUCACAGUCCCCUGCUGCUGAAUCCAGCUUCACUGCUGCAGGGCUGAGGGCUAACCCACCAGAGGUGUGCAGCCCAAAUGCUCCCCCUUCUGCAAGUGCUGCACCCAGGGCCGGGUGAGGCAAGGCAGCUGCGAGAAUGGCUCACUUGACAGCACGACUCCCCACACUCCCAUGCAGCCCAGUCACACCACGGCGGCUGUAGCUGUGUUGUAGCAUUGCCACCAAAGGCAGGUAGACUAUGCUGAUGUGGGUUGCAGCUGUAUCACCCAAUGACACUAGCUGCAGCCAGUAUGGUCAGAAGAGCCUGGAACCUGGGGCUGCUUGGAGGCUGCGGCCUGGGGGAACAGUUAGAGCAGAGUUGUAACAGUCAGGGAAUCACGUGCCAAAAAGACACUCUGGUGCAGAUGCUCUUUCCAGGUCACAAAUCACUAGCUCAGGAGAUUCUGACACCAAACUGCAGUUCUCUAAGAGCAGCUGUGAGAACAGGCUUGGCCACGUGGUGCUGCCCUGAGGUCUCACACUGCUGCCCCACCUGCCUCCCCGGCUCAGCAAACAGAAAAAAAAAUCCAUCUUGGUGUGAGGUCAGAGCUGGAGUCAGUCGCACAGGGAAUCCCGGGCGGUAGCUGUAUUAUCAGUGCCAGAGCAGCCCCCAGGGACAGCCAGACAAUCCUUGCUUCAUUGCAAAGAACAUCAUCUGGCAGGGAAAAAAACAAGCGUGUCUUUCCUAGGAUAUUGCCUUUAUGAGACGCCCAUAGCUAGCGCAUGCUGGCUGCCUGUUAGGAGAACAAACUUGGAGACGGGCGUGGAAGGUCAGGGAAUAAAAUGACCCUGGUCAAAAACGUUUAUUGGCCUGCAAAAGGUCGUUAUAAAACCCGCCACGCUCCUGUCCAUUACCAAAUGCUUUGUAAUGUCACUUAUUUAAAAAUAAAUUGAACUAUAAAAG